CUGCAAAAGUCAAAACAUUGGAUCAGUCUAGCAUCUUGUGGAUUGUACAAUUUAUGAUCAAAUGGAUAUGUUACAAUUAAAACCCAAAGUCCAUUUAUUAUUAAUUGUUUUCUAUACAGAAUGCAAGCCAUAAUGCUCCCAUGCAAUUAGAAACGAAGAAAAAAAACAGACUAGCUAGAGUCUCAAGCCUUUAACCUGCAAAGCUUUGAUCGUCGUCUGACGGAAACUAUUCAGCCGCAGCGCCGUUGGUUUAUCACCAGGCAGUCAACAUGACGUCCCGUGUGUGCAAGAACUGUGGCUGCUCCGAUAUCGAUCUCGACCAGGCUCGGGGCAAUGCUGUUUGCACAAGCUGUGGGUCUGUCUUGGAGGACAACAUCAUUGUGUCUGAGGUGCAGUUUGUCGAGGGCAGCGGUGGGAUAUCAUCGGCCGUGGGGCAGUUCGUCUCUGCAGACGGUCCAGUCAAAGCCCCGCUCCUGGGCACCGGGUUUCACACCAGUAUUGGGAAGGAGUCACGUGCUCAGACGCUACAGAACGGGAAACGACAGAUCCACAACCUGGGCAGCCAGCUGCAGCUCAACCAGCACUGCCUGGACACGGCCUUCAAUUUCUUCAAGAUGGUGGUGAGCAAACACCUGACGCGAGGGCGCAAGAUGGCGCACAUCAUCGCCGCCUGCCUCUACCUGGUCUGCCGGACGGAGGGCACGCCUCACAUGCUCCUGGACCUGAGUGAUCUACUACAGGUGAAUGUAUACAUCCUUGGGAAAACCUUUCUCAUGCUAGCCCGGGAGCUAUGCAUCAACUCUCCAGCCAUAGACCCAUGUCUGUACAUUCCCCGUUUUGCCCAUAUGCUGGAGUUUGGCGAGAAGACCCACGAGGUGUCCAUGACAGCCCUGCGGCUGCUGCAGAGGAUGAAGAGGGAUUGGAUGCACACGGGCCGCAGACCCUCGGGGCUCUGCGGAGCAGCUCUGCUGGUGGCUGCCCGGAUGCACGAGUUCCACCGCACGGUCAAGGACGUCAUCGGAGUGGUCAAGGUGUGCCAGGCCACUCUGAGGAAGAGAUUGACCGAGUUUGAAGACACCCCAACCAGUCAGCUGACCAUCGAUGAGUUCAUGCGGGUGGAUCUGGAGCAGGAGUGCGACCCGCCCUCCUUUACUGCGGGCCAGCGGAAAGUUCGGAUGCGCCAGCUUGAGCACGAAUUAGCCAAGAAGUUGGAUGAGGUUCAAGGGGAAAUCUGCACCUAUCGAGACGAGAUCGAGACCGAGCUGGAGAACAGCAGGCCGAAGCUCCGAGGGAUGUAUGCUUCCUACACCAGAGAAACAGACCCCCUGGAGGAAGGGCUGUCCCAGACGUCCGACCAACCCAGCCCCGAGGAACCAGAGGGCAACGAUGACGAGCUGGAGGCGGCCGCCCAGCACCUGGAGCAGGACUUCAUCUGCCAGGUGCUCCAGGAGGAGCAGGGUCUGGGCGGGCCGGGGCCGGCGGAGGAGGACGCGGACGACGUCGGCACGGUCGAAGAGGCGCCUGCACUCAAACACCCCUCCCUAGCCUCCAUCCUGGGCUCCCUGCCCAGCGCAGCAAGCCUGGGCCUGGGCCUCUGUGAUUCCAUCCAGGAGUGUAUCGCAGGGGACAAGGAUAGUGAUGGAAAGUCCGAGAGCGGGGAGCUGGACCUGGAUGGGAUUGACGAUAAAGAGAUUGACAAGUACAUCCUCAACGAUAAAGAAGUGAGGACUAAGACGCAGCUCUGGAUGAAGCAGAACGAAGACUAUCUGAAGGAACAGAAAGAGAAGGAGGAGAGGAUAGCUAAGGAGAAGCAGCAAGGCACCUACAAGGAGAAGCCUAAAAAGUCCAAGAAGCGAGAGCCCAUCCAUGCCAGCACGGCUGGUGAGGCCAUCGAGAAAAUGCUUGAGCAGAAGAAAAUCUCCUCCAAGAUCAACUACGAGGUGCUGCGGGACCUCAACAGCAAGGGCAGCGGCAACAGCAGCCCCACCAGAUCCACGGCAGAAGGCCCCACCAGCGGAGUGGGCCGCAAGAAGCUGACCCGGAGGAAGAAACAGCCCAACAAGACCAACGUUGGCCUGGCCGCCACGACAAGCAUCAUGGGGAAAAGACUACGUCCACUAAUAUCAUCCACACCAAAGAAGAAGAGAGCCAUGUCACAGGUAACUCCCAACGUGAGCUCAGCGGCCCUGCCAGCGCGCCCCAACCUGUCUGCCCCCGCAGCCCUGCCCUGCGACGCCCCGACCCCCUCCCCGGAGGCUGCCGCCAUGGAGCCUGGCGAGGCGGAGGAGGAGGGGGAGGGGGAGGAGCCUUGUGUCAGCGCUCUGCAGCUCCUGGGAGGAGACGAGUAUGGAUGUGAAGCCGAAGCCGAGGAAGUGUUUUAGCCUUUUCGUUCUCCAGACGUUCCCUCUCCUCUCCAUCGGGCGGACAUGAGAGUUGCGUGGAAUGAAAGGACGAGAAGCUCCGGGGGGGGGGGGGGGUCGACCACUGUUCAGAUGCACCAUAGAGGGGACAGGGACGGGCCCCAGCCGGGAUGGAUCAGCCAUGCUUUGGAAACACGAGGGGGGUGGGUUGUUUGUGUGUGUGUGGGGGGGGGGGGGGGGGGUAAUUAUGCAGAGAGGCGUGUGGGGCAGUGAGGAAGAGGCCGAACUCAGGCCAGUGUGCAGAUAGCUCUGUGAUCAGUAACUAUAAGUGGGCCUCUUAGCUCGAGUGUUUAGAACUAAGCACCAGCCUUUUACUGUUUCCCUCCAAGCCGGGAAUGUUUGUAUAUAUUUUUUAUUACAGAAAAACAACAUCUAUAUUUGAUCCAUUUCCUUCGUGUAUAUACAAAAAGUAAAGUGAAAAUGUUGCUCGCUCUCUUUCAAAGCUUCUCAACGCAUGAUAUGCGGUGUGCCAGGGCACAGUUUGGUGAGGGGGUGGGGUGGGGGGGUUGGACUGGGGAAUUGGGACACAGCAUCAAGCCCUCCGUUCACACAAUGGAAGAUUAGAGGUCGACCAGGCAGUGGGGGCAGAAUGAUCCCCCCUCCCUUAGCUGCACUGGGUUUAGGAUGGAGGCAGUGGGCACACAGAAGCGUGCCGUUUCAACACAGCUUCGUAGUUCUGUAAUUGUAGUAAUGGCCACUGAGUGGAUUGCAUUCAUUUUUACCUCAUGUGGCCUGCUUUUACCAGCAUUUAGGCAGUUCUAGUAGCACAAUGGGCCCAGGUCCCCGAUUGCAUUAGGUUCUUUGAAAAACUAAAGAACUAGAUUUUGAAUUCCGACCGGUUCCCUUCAUUUUACAACCUUUUAUCGUCUGAGCAGAAAAUUUAAAUGAAUUUUGGUCCACUUUCAGGUUUUCUAAUUCUAGGCCUUUUAGAUUUUGUAGACUGUCCUCUGAUGACGCAGGUUUCAGUACA